UGACGCCCAUGCGACCUGACGCCCGGUGCGGCACAAUCAUCCCUUGUUCCAGUUGGACAGCUCGUAGGAGCUAGAUGUCAGCUUGGUGCACCACGCGAAAUUAAUUAUGAUGGAAAACACGAAGGCAGUUGUGCUUUGGCUUGCAUUUUGCGUGUCAUUUGUAAUAUCUGCGUUGGGGAAUCCAGCUGGUGCAUCCCCGGCCAAACCUUGUCUUGCUCCUGUACAAUGGGAGGGGAGGAUUGUGGUGUAUGAUCACGGUACGGGGCGCAACUCCCGGUCCGCUAUAUCAUACGACGGAGAAAAUCAACGCAUUCGGAUACUUGAACACAAGAAAGGACAUGUUCCAUGCAAAAAGUACUUCGAGUACAUCUACUUAUAUCAGAGGGGGAUAAUGUUCCAGAUUGAGCAAAGCACUAAACUGUGCUCAAAGUUGGCUCUGACACAGGCAUGGGACCCAUUCGACAUCCCUGACAACUCCACAUAUGAGGACCAAUACUUCAUUGGAGGCCCUGGAGAUAUGAUUGAAGUGCAAGAGUGGUCUGACAGAAAGCCAGCUCGCCAACAUGAAACCUGGGUGGGUGUGUACACCAUGAUAGACUGCUACCCUGUGCAGGAGACGUACACAAAGAACAGCAGCGUGACCACAUCGACACGGUUUUUUGAUCUGUUGCCAGGCAUCAGUGACCCAGGGGUUUUCACACCCCCAGGCACAUGCCAAUCAGCCAGCCCAGAGAGGAUUACAUCAGAAUGCUGAGUCACCGUUUGCAUCACUGACAUGUUUAUUUACUCUAUUGUCCUCUCACGCUAUCAUUGAGUUUGAGAUGUCUUUUUUGUAGAUAGCACUGGAAAGCAUUAAUGUCUGUACGCAAGAAUGAAAUGAGUGCUGAACAAUGAUAAUCAUGUUGAUGUGUGGCUGGUGUGUUUAGCCAGAUUAACCGAUGGAGCAGUGCAGGCAGGGGUGGAUUAAGACUUAAAACAGGGGUGGGGAACCUUCAAGGGCCGUAAAAGUCCUCCAAGGACCAUACUAUGAACACAAACCAGGAUUUCCCCUGGCACUUUAGGCCUAUAUUGAAGGCAGCCACCAACAGACGCCUUCUCUGAGUCCCCUGAAUAUAGCUCAAUUGUUUUGCAAAUUGAAUUUCUAAGAUUCCUUUACAAAAGACAUAUUUCAUAUGAAGCUGCUUAACAAUAAAAUUAUGUCGGAGGCCGAAUAAAACGGCUUCAACAAGGGCUGCAAAAGGCCCUCAAGAUAUAGGUUCCCCACAGCUGCCUUAAGGAAUCAUCAAUGGUUUUGGAGGGCAUGCGUAGUCGCAAUGGUGCACGGGGGGUUAUGAUGGUGGGCUGGAGUAAAAUUGUCUUGGCACCUUGGGACCUGCGGUCUGCUGCGUGGGCCCAAAAGGCCUGCUCAUUUAUCCAACCCUGUCUACAAGAUGAGAAUUCCAAACCGGUUGUGAUUUGCGCAUUUUGAAUGUUCUUUUAUAAUAAAAUGUUAUUAGAUGUUGCUACUCUCUCGCUGUUGAAUCACACUUUCUCUGCUGUUAAGUAACCUAAGCUUGUUGGCAAUUUCCCCUUAAUGAACGCACACUAAAAAAAUACAUCCUAUGCCCUUUUCUAAUUUUAAUGAAUUUGAUGUGCAUUUCAUUAGGCCUAUUUACACAACUACAAUGUUUUCCCCUUUAGGUUGUGUUACAAUAAAGCAAACAUCUGUCUCAAAAA